AUGGCUGAUUCUGAACGUCCUCUAACCAUUUGCACGUACUGCCGCCUUCCCGGUCACGAUCUGGCUAAUUGCCAUGUCCUGCCCGGAUUACCGGUCAUGAACCGCGUGCCUGUGACCCAUCCCAUCGAAAAAAAGAAGGCCCGCCGUGGUUCUCGAGGUGGCAGAGCGAAGAGAGCGAAGAAGGCAAAGGAAGCGAAGAAAGCGAAGGGAGGCAUGUCUUGUCAUCUUGUCGAGCAGAAUCACAUCCAUCCAAACUUGGAAACUGCGCCUGGUACCUCUGCCUCGGGCACUGGCCCCGACUUUACCUUCAUUGGUGAAGUUAUCACCGAGGAGGAAGCCGCAUUCCUAGCUCUCUGCCUUCGGCAAUUCAGAGCGCCUCAGUAG